AGGGAGAGAGAGAGAGAGAGGUAGAGGGAGAGAGAGAGAGGCCAGGCCCAAAUAAAGCCAUGGGGGACAGAACUGGGCUGGGUCCCCCUCUGCUUUAAAUACGCUGGCCUCCUGCAGGUUCGGGUUUGCUGGUCGGAGCUCGGCACCGGUGACCACCACAGCUGCUGCAGCUUUCCUCAGGAGACUCUCAUCAUCGGUGCUCUGGGCCGCCGGGAUGCCGCGGGUGGACGCAGACCUCAAGCUGGACUUCAAGGAUUUCCUGUUCAGACCCAAGAGGAGCAGCCUGAAGAGCCGCUCCGAGGUGGAUCUUCAAAGGACCUUCACAUUCCGCAACUCCAAGCAGACCUACACCGGUAUCCCCAUAAUUGCAGCCAACAUGGACACAACAGGAACCUUUGAGAUGGCAAAGGUUCUCAGUAAACACACCCUCUUCACAGCCAUCCAUAAACAUUACUCUGUAGAAGACUGGAAAAACUUUGCUGCUGACCACCCAGAAUGCAUAGAGCAUGUAGCCGCUAGCUCAGGGAGCAGCAGCGCAGAUCUGGAGAAGCUGUGUGCCAUCCUGCAGGCCGUCCCUGCUCUCAAGUACAUCUGUCUGGAUGUGGCCAACGGCUACUCUGAGUACUUUGUGGCGUUUGUCAAGACAGUGAGAGAGAGGUUCCCCAAACACACCAUCAUGGCUGGAAACGUGGUGACUGGGGAGAUGGUGGAGGAGCUCAUCCUGUCUGGUGCUGAUAUCAUCAAAGUGGGUAUAGGACCAGGUUCUGUGUGCACAACGAGGAUCAAGACAGGAGUGGGUUAUCCGCAGCUCAGCGCCGUCAUAGAGUGUGCAGACUCAGCCCACGGACUCAAAGGACACAUCAUCUCAGAUGGGGGAUGCAGUUGCCCAGGAGAUGUAGCAAAGGCCUUCGGCGCCGGAGCCGACUUUGUCAUGAUGGGGGGAAUGCUGGCAGGUCACGACCAGUGCACCGGCGAGGUCAUUGAGAAGAACGGGAAGAAAUACAAACUCUUCUAUGGGAUGAGCUCCGACACCGCCAUGAAGAAAUAUGUGGGGGGAGUAGCAGAGUACAGGGCAUCUGAGGGGCGGACUGUGGAGGUUCCCUACAGAGGGGACGUGGAAAACACAGUCCGGGACGUCCUGGGGGGACUGCGCUCCACGUGCACUUACGUGGGAGCGGCCAAACUCAAGGAGCUGAGCCGGAGGACCACCUUCAUCCGAGUCACGCAACAGUCAAGCCAAAUGUUCGGUUAGGGAGGGGAAGCUCCUUCCCAAAUACCGACGCAGCAAACAUUUAUGGCUGCAUCAGACAAUUGUGCAUGUCUGUGCAGAGAAUCAGACUGCUGGGAGGCAUGAAAACCCGUCCUGCUUUGACCGGGGCGUGUGCUGUUAGCAGUGUUCAAAUCCCUGCAGGUUCUAUACACGUGAAGUCUGACGGACAUUAUUCUUCUCAAUCCCAAAACAAGAGCAUGGGCUUACCGACGCCAUAAUCUAAUGUAAUUAAGCAUGUAAUAUGACACGAAUGUGCAAGUCAAAUGCUCCAAUGAUACUGCCAGAUAACUGCAUCCUGGUUUAGGGGAACAAGAGAAAGAGCCACAUUACUUGGUGUGAAUGUGUUCCUAAUUCAGUCUUCCAGCAACUAUUUCAUUCAGUUUUGACAUUUCUGAAGUCACGGUGUAUCACUAAUUACCUGAACGUGUGCUGUUUUCGCUACAGCUCCUGUAAAUUAACUUUUUUUUGGUUAUUUGUAAUGAAUUGGUAUUUCUUAAAAUUUCAGAUUGAGGAAGUCAAACCUUUAAUUAUCUUUGGAGAAAUCACGUGGCAAUAAACUCUAUGCAGAAACCUC